AUUAGAAGACUUCAUGUCCAUUCAUUUGAAGAACAAGAUAAAACACUACACUUGAUUUAUCGGCUGCUUCAUGACUAUGAUAUCCUUCCAUGUACCUCACCAUCUUACCAUUCAUUCCUCAACUUUAUCUCAACAAUCCAAUCAAUCAACAAAAAUCUCCAUUAUUUCAUCUUCUUCUUCUCCUUUAGUUGAACAACCAACUAGUAAUAGUAGUAGAAGAUUGCUGCUAUCUACUUGUAUCAUAACAUCAAUUAUAUCCCCUGUUACUUUCUUCUCAUUUUCUGCUGCUUCAUUUUCAUCAACUCCUAAUAAUUCAAGUGAUGCAAUUGGUAAAUUCUAUGAGAUUUCGAAUUCCGGUGGUGUUAAGGCAUUAGACCUUCGUGUAGGUAGCGGUUCCACCCCUGUCGAUGGUGACCAGGUAGCAAUACAUUAUUAUGGAAGAUUAGCAGCAAAGCAAGGGUGGCGUUUUGAUUCAACAUAUGAUCACAAAGAUCCAACUGGUGAACCAAUUCCUUUCAUCUUCAUUCUUGGCUCCAACAAUGUAAUUUCAGGGAUUGAAGCAGCAGUAAGAUCAAUGAAAGAUGGUGGCAUUAGAAGAGUAAUAAUUCCUCCAUCUCAAGGAUAUCAGAACACAACUCAAGAGCCUUUACCACCCAAUUUUUUCAACAGACAACGAUUAUUCACUACAAUCUUCAACCCUACACGUCUUGCCAAUGGAGAAGGAUCGACAUUAGGAACUCUUAUAUUCGAUGUUGAGCUUGUUAAUGUCAAGCAUUAGUCGUAAAAACAAGUUCUUAUCUUAAAUUGUAAUUAUUACCAGUACUCCAUCCGUAGACAAACUUUUUUAUGAUCCAAUGUUGUAUAGCUGUUUAGUGAGACGUGAUUGAUUGAUUGAUUUUUCACAAGUUGAUAUGUAGAUAUCUUAUGUACUUUUACUCACCCGAACUAGAAGAAGAUUAGGAAUAUAACUUAUGAAAUAAUAUACCCCGCAAAUGUUUCA